AUGGUAAAAUUCACUCAUUUAGUUAUGCUUGUUGACAAAAUUUUGGCGCAGAUUAAAGAUGAGCACUACCUCAAAUGGCCAAGGCCAUUACAUUCAUCACCCAACGUGCGUGAUAAGACGAAGUAUUGCCGUUUCCACAUGGAUCACGGCUAUUACACAGAAGAUUACAAAGACUUGAAGGAGCAGAUAGAGGAGCUCAUACAAAAAGGGAAAUCGCAGAGAUUUGUGAAAAAGGGGGAGCAUAGUAGGUCUAGAGACGAUGACAAGGACAAGCGUGAAGCAUCACCAAGGGAUGAGGACCGUACACCCCAACGUCCAUUAAGCGUGAUCGGGAAGAUAAAAACGAUCACAGGCGAACCAUCCACAAGAGGGUCAUUCAAGUCCUUCAAGAAGUCAUAUCAGAGGCAGGAGUUUGAUAAGGUGGAAUUCGCACAGAUCCCUAAGAGCCAAAACAUGAUAGCAGAUGAAAUUGCAAAGCUAGCAUCGUUAGAGGAAGGAUCAACGAGCAUGGGCUCAGAGAUGGAAAUCCAUAAAUGUCCUAACAUUGAAGAAAUCUCUACAUUUGCAAUCCAGAGCACAGGAAGCUGGAUGACCCUGAUCAUAUCAUUCCUCCAAGAUGGACACCUUCCACAAGACGUCGAGAAGGCCAGGAAAGUCAAGAAGAGAGCAGCCAGAUUCACGAUCCUAAACGACAUGCUGUACAAGAGAGGCUUUUCCAUGCCCUACCUGAAGUGCGUAGACGAAGAGGAAGCCAAGUAUAUUCUAGAAGAGAUUCAUGAAAGAGUUUGCGGGGACCAUGCAGGCCCCAGAUCCUUGCCAUUUGCACAAUGGAGAAUCGACAUCGUCAGCCCAUUGCCCCAAGGUAAAGGACAGGUGAAGUUCCUACUAGUUGCUAUUGAUUACUUCACAAAAUGGGUUGAAGUGGAGACAUUAGAAACUAUCAUUGAAGCAAGAAUCCAGAACUUCGUAUCGAAGAACAUAAUUUGCAAGUUCGGAAUUACACGGACGAUCAUAUUAGAUAAUGGGCGGCAGUUUGACAGCCAAGGCUUCAAGGAUUUCUAUUUAAGUAUAGGGAUCAAGAACCAAUUCUCAUCUCUAGGACAUCCACAAGCAAACGGACAGACGAAAGUGACUAAUCAGACACUACUCAAAAUUAUCAAAGCCAGGUUGGAUGACGCAAAGGGGGCCUGGCCAGAAGAAUUGCCUAAUGUCUUGUGGGCUUAUAGGACUAUAGCAAGAACCUCAACAGGAGAAACCCCCUCCAAACUCACUUAUGGCUCCGAGGCAAUGAUCCUGGUCGAGGUAGGAAUAACCAGCAUUAGACGAGAGAUGUUCCACGAGGAGAGCAAUGACGAUCAGCUAAAGGUCAACCUGGACUACUUGGACAAGGUCAGAGAUAGAGCUUCUAACAAGAUGACGAAGUACCAGCAGAAGAUGGCCGAAUACUACAACAAGAGAGUGAAGCUCAAACGACUUGACAUAGGGGACCUUGUCCUAAGCAAAGUCACCCUAGCAACCAAAGAGGCUGUCCAAGGGAAACUGGGCCCUACAUGGGAAGGACCAUAUCGGGUCGUCCAUUACUCUAAACAAGGUAGUUAUCACCUGAAGACCAUAGACGGACAGAGGCUCCCACGACCAUGGAACAUUGAGCACUUGAAGAAGUACCACAAAUAG